GCUCCUGCGAUUGGAAGGUGCGGCCCAAUAAGGGCCGAGCGCUGAUAGCGUGGCUCGUGAGCGGAGCCGCAUAAGAAGUUUGGCAGCGCGGCGCGGGCGCGAGGCACACGCGCAGUUACUGAGCGCGAGAGGGAGAUGAGCGACGCCGAGGGACAGAGCGUCCAGCCGCCCGCGCCGGGGGACUCGCAGCCGCAGCCCGAGCGGAAGGUGAUAGCCACUCUGGUCCAGGGUACCGUCAAGUGGUUCAACGUGCGGAACGGCUAUGGCUUCAUCAACAGGAAUGACACCAAGGAGGAUGUGUUUGUCCACCAGACGGCCAUCAAGAAGAACAACCCCAGGAAGUUCCUCCGCAGCGUCGGAGAUGGCGAAAUCGUCGAGUUCGACGUGGUUGAGGCGGCCAAGGGUGCGGAAGCUGCCAACGUGACCGGACCAGGUGGCGUUCCCGUCAAAGGGAGCCGCUACGCUCCUAACAAACGGCGAUUCCGUCGGCCCUUCAUCCCUCGUGGGCUGCGCCCUGCCCCGGGCGACCAGACCAGGCCGGGAGAGGUUCCCUCUGCCCCCGCUGCUGCAGGAGAGGGGGGUACUGCUGCUGAUGGAGGUCCGCAGCCCAUUCCCCGACGACGAAGACCACGUCGAAGGCCAGACGCUCAAACGGCAGCAACUACGGAGCAGAAGGAAGGUGGAACUGCUGCAGGAGGAGACGCACCUGUCCAGCGGAGGAGGUUCAGGCCCCGGUUCCGCAGGCCUUUCCGCCCCCGUCCGCCUCCCGGGGAACGUGUAGAAGGGCAGCAGCCCCUCCCGACCGAGUCGCCAGCGAAGCCAGUGUCGGAGGGGCAGAGCGAAGGGGCUUCUCCCGGCACCCUGGGGCAGAGACCUCGGCGACAGUUCAGCCGCCGCAGGCAGAGGACCUCAGAGUCGUCAACAAGCAAGGAACCAGCAGACAAGCAGCCCAGCAACCCUGACUCCACCAGCCAGACUGCACAGCUCACAGAGCCAAAGUCCCCUGGCAGGAUUUCACCCAACAGCUCCUCCCAGACACCACCAGAGACUACCAAACCAUCAGAUGAGGUUCCGGUGUCUGCGGCAGGGCCGCCAUCAGACUGACUCCGGCACUCGUGGAACGCGUGGUGAGCCUAGCGAGAGGUCCCAGGGUGGGGUAGCUGGGGGGGUGAGCCUGGCCAGUCUCUCAGCUUGCCCACUGUGCGCUCUACUCUCCCUCCCCUGACCCAUCCUACCCUUACCUGUCUUGUUUGGACCCUUCGGCAGUGCAUGGGGAAGGGGAGGGGUAAGAACACUGGAUUGUGGAAACUGAACUUGUACAAAAAAGGACCUGCAUGAAUGCCCAGUUACUCCAUGGUGCCCCGGUUUAGUUUGAUCUACUGAAAAUGGGCAGAGCAACAGGAAGCAGCCCAAACUGGCUAUUUAAGUUCAUCAAGGGGAAGUGUUGAGGGUGGUCAUGUGUUGGGCUUCUUGGAUCAGGACCACCUCAAGGGACAAACUAUGCUGGUUAAGGAGGUCCCUUUCCCCAAUUUUUUUUUUUCUUUGGAGGGGAUUAUGUGUCUAAUAUAUAAAAUUUGCAAAACUUGCUCUUUGCUGUCCUGUGGUUAUUGUGUACAAAGCAGCCACAGGCCUGUGCCACCACUCCCACUUGGCUUUGCCUGGUCAUUGCCAAUAAUACACAUAUCCUGUAUUAAACACUCUUUGAGUAUUGAUGUCAGUGCCCUCCAGGUCUCCAACCUGUCUACCCUUUGAUGGGGU